AUGCAGGCAAAGGCCUCCCCGAUUGAAGCGGUGACCACUUCUUUGCGGCACCACUAAUCAGCAUCAGCCUCUCGCAAACAGAUUGUCUUGAAUCUUCAGGACUCUGGCCUAGCAGCUCUCGGAUGGAGUGUCCUUAGCAUCUACAAUGGAACUGCAUUCCAUAGGGGAGAAACCGUACGGCAGAGAAGACGAAGGCCUUCGAAGAACAGCGUUUUUCCCCUAUAGGAACACCCAGUCUGAGCAAAGUGAGAGAGGACUGCAAAACGAGGGAGUAACGCCUGUUUCCGGAGGCUAUGAAGAUGGUCAGACUCCUCUGCCCUCUUUGAACACUUUGCCUGCCCCUUCAAACAUUGCCAAGAGUAGAAACCCCCCUUUUGCUGGCCAUCCCGCUUUCCCUUCUCCACAGCCCCAAAACGCUCGAUCUCAAUGGCAAAAGGUGCAAGCCCCUCAGGAAGAGUUGGGGGACGAGCCUCCGGCAAAGGGGGGUAGAUUGACAGGGACGGUGGUGCAAACGGCACCCCCCGAGAGGGAUGCUUUCGCUGCAGCUGCUGCGGGCCUUGCGGCGGCUCUUAGCCCCCAGUCAGGGGCUGCCUCAGCAUUUAGCUCUGCUAACACUCAGAUUCUCUCUGGGCUUCGGAAAGGGAGAGCGGCAGAUUCUCUGGAGCCCUCCAGCGCUGGAGAAAGCGCCGGUGAUAUAAUGCCAGGCAGGUUUACAAGGUGGGGGAGCGCCAACCAAAGAGGCGGGGGCGCCUAUGAUGGGGCAGCGAAUGUUUGGGAUCUGCAGACAGCGAUUGGACAGGGGAUGCUAACCGAGUGGGGAGAAAAGAGGGGCUCGGCAGAGGAAGGAGUGUUGCAGAACGACGGGCGGAAGUCCGCUUCCGAGCACGAUAAGCUGAGGGGAUCCGGGGAGGGCGGGGUGCCUGAUUGGGACGCAGCGUUGUUUGGGGAGUAUCGGUCUGGGCGACAAGAGAGCAGGAACAACGCUGCUUUAUUGGCAGGUGCGCCUGCGUCGGACUCCGCCACAAGAGCAAGAAAUGUUGGGGUAUUACAGCAAGAAGAAGGGGGGGCGCAACGGAGCACAGAAAGGAGGGGGAGGGAUCCUCGAGGGUUUGGGGUUGACAGAGUGGGCUCAGCCGGGACAGGUGUAGACUUGAGAACGCGGUCAGAACAAAGUGCAGCUGGUGGACCAUUUGAGGGCGAGUUUUUUCAAGAGGGGGAAGGAAACGGAAGGUCAGGUUUGAGCGAUGGUCAAGGCGUGAGGCAGGGGCCUGCUGCAGGGCAGGGGACAAAUCAAAAGGCGGAACGGGGUUUGGUGAAGGGCGGGGAUCGGGAUCUUGAGGGAGUGAAAGCGGAGAACCGCAGACGAGAGGGAGGGCGGAGUCCGGCCGAUGCGAGUUGGAACGCGAAGGACGUGCUGUCGCAGCAGACAGAGAUGCUGGCGCUGAUGCAGAAGCAGGUUGACCUCCUCCAAGCCCUCCUGGUUAAGCAGCAACCCGCUGCUAAAGCCGUCACCAACCCCACAACCCGGCCUGCUGUCACCACCUCCGCUGUCAACACCUCCUUUCUGCCGCCAAAUCCGAACCCCCAUUUCGAUUCCCAUUCGGCGGAUCGAGUAGUAGCACGACGCCAGGUGGCAGAGAUCGGGACAAACACGUCGCUUGCGUGGCCUGCCCCAACUCCCAUCCCAAACGGCUGGAACUCUGUUCCUGUCCAAAUCGCAACCACGGGAGCUGGGGAGGUAUACUCACAACGGGGGGCAAAAGCAGGGGUUUUUCAAAACGACGAAGAGAGCGAAGCGUUUGAAAGGGACUUCUCAGAGGGCCAAAGGAGAAUCAAGGGCAGAGGGAAGGACGGGAAAAGUGAGCGGCCGAGGGAAGGAGGGGUCAGCGAAGUAAGAGCAGAAUCGACGGUGCAGCAGUUGAGCGACUACCGGACAGAAUUCGAGCCCGACUUCGUUGCUGCUCCUCCCCAAGCGUACGGAAUCGGGACUGCUCACAGGUCCGGUUUGGACGGUCGUUCCGGGACUGAGGUCAGCAAACCCAGGCAAACGGCGUCUGCUGACGUCAGCAAAGACGGGCGAGGGCAUGCCUCAGAGCAACGUCCUGUGGAGCCGAGAGAAAGACCCGCAGGGCGGGGUGUGCGAAUGGAUGCUGCAACGGAAAGGCCUCAUCUUGAAUUUGGCACGGGCGGGUUUGACGGCGGCGAGCCGAAUGGUAACGCCAGCGCCCAGCGGGGUGACGUCAGGGGCGACGUCAUAGAGGGGGAAGAGCAGGGGUGGCUCAGCAGCCGGUCCUCUUCGGCGUCGUCUCUGGUGCUCUCGGAACUAGCGGCACCUUUGGAAAGAGCGGAUGAGGAUGGCGGUUUUGAAAGUCGGCGGGGGGAAGAAGAAGACACGGCGCAUGCGCAACAUUGGGAACGGGAAAUGAGGGGCCAUGGUACAAACGAGCGAGCAGGCGAAUCGCUGUUACAAAGAAGGGAAGUGCGAGAACGAGAUCUCGGAGGUGGCGACAUCCAUGAGAGGGAGCUCGGAGCUCUUCGGGACGGGUUAGCAGCAGUUAGAAACGAGACCGGAGGGGUGCAGACAACUGACGGAGGCCCUCCCAAAGCGGGAGCUGUUUCGUUGGAAGCCCUGAACGGUUUUGUGGCAGGAAGAAACGGUGGAAAAGAGAGGGACGUCGGAGCUAGGUUCUCUGACGCAGGGGUCCGCUUAGGAACUUCAGAUCAUCGACGAGUUCCCCGCAAACCAACGGGAAAGCUUGAAGGGGGAGGGGAGUUUGGCAGGCGAGGCGAGCGGGUUGAGAAAGCAUUCCUCGGAAGCGGUUGGGGCGCAGGGGGCGGAGCACCGGUUCUAAAGGCGCACCUGCUUGACAUCCCGCAGAUCAAGUACGUGCCGCUCUCGGACGACGAUGACAGCGAGGCCGAAGAAACAACCGGACGGUUUCGGACGGCUGACGUCUUGCCACGUGGCAGCUUUGCGACCAAUGGGGGGCCACGUGACAGACUGGGACGUGAAGACGGGGGGGAGAGCGAUGGCAAGGAGAGGGCGAAUGGGGUGGUGCCACGUGGCGCCUUGCGGGAGCGAGGGGGUAUCGAGAAGAAACGAACGGCUGAGCGUUCUGGGUCGGAGUUAACCCACGACGGGUCAACGUAUCUGGUGGACUUGUCGGUGGACUCCCGGCGGUACCUAACCCAGCACGGUCUGUUGCAAACCCGCAGCCGGCCGCCAACUCUGAAGCCACUGGAAGAGGAUCGGGUUUUGCGAAACCAAGAUCCGGAUGACAGCCUAGAAAUGAGCGAGAGGGGUCUUGAAACGGGUAUCGACUCGUCAGUCUGCGAAAGGGGAGGAGUUUGGGGCGAAAGCGGGGGAGGGGUUUGGGAGGAGCGGAGUCGGGUCUUGAGGGCCGCUCAGAUUGAGGAGUGCGACUCCUCGAUGUUUCUCAGCGGUACGGAGGUGCGGCUCGCGGGGGCGGCGGAAGCGCCACCGUUGUGGGCGACCGACUCGAUGGCUGAGGGAAGCACCCUCGCUGCUGACGUCAGCCGCCCCGGCAGCACGCACUCGGCCGCGCCGCCGCUUGCGGCGGAAGCCUCGGGGAAUCUCCUCGAAGCCGUGCGGCGCAAGAGGUUGCCCAAGCUCAGGUAG